CAAAAGUUGUUCACCGUAUUCACAUCAGUAUUUACAUCAAAUACAUGUGUUAACUUUGGUUGGAAAUUUCAACAAACUCGAAAUUAUGGCGACAAAGCUGAUGAGUGCAAAGGCGACGAAAAAAUGCCAAAGAAGUUGAGUCUAAAAAAUGUGGAUGUGGCUGGAAAACGGAUUUUCAUGCGCGUCGACUUUAAUGUACCCAUGAAGGAUGGUAAAAUAAUCAACAAUCAGCGUAUUUUGGCUGCCCUGCCAAGUAUUAAAUACGUGCUGGAAAAGGAGUGCAAAUCUGUGGUACUGGCUUCGCACCUGGGCCGUCCGGACGGUGAAAAGAAUAUGCAAUUUUCACUUAAGCCUGUUGCCAAAGAACUGGAGAAGGCGUUGAGGAAGCCGGUGUGCUUUAUAGACGACUGCGUUGGUGAAAUAGCAUUGGAUGCACUGAAAAAUCCACCAAAGGGUGCCGUGGUACUCCUCGAGAAUCUGCGAUUCUAUGCUGAGGAAACGGGCAGCUGCAAUGAUAAAAACAAUAAGAAGAUUAAAGUAGAUCCGGAAAAGGUGAAAGAUUUUCGCGCUAAGUUAGCUCAACUAGGCGAUAUCUAUGUGAACGAUGCGUUUGGAACGGUCCAUCGAGCUCACAGCUCCAUAUUGGGUGAGGGCUAUGAGAAGCGUGCCGCCGGUUUCCUGCUAGACAAGGAGCUUGAGUACUUUGCCAAGGCACUGGAAAAUCCACAAAAACCAUUCAUGGCCAUAUUGGGUGGCGGUAAGAUCGCUGACAAGAUACCGCUGAUUAAUAAUCUGCUGAACAAGGUCGAUCAAAUGAUUAUCGCUGGUGGCAUGGCCUUUACAUUUCUGAAGGUCGCCAAUUCCAUGGAGAUUGGUAAAUCACUUUUUGAUAAAGAUGGCUUCAAGUUGAUUGACGGCAUUCUAAAGAAGGCCAAGGAUAAGAAAGUGGAAAUACUUUUUCCCGUCGAUUUCCAAUGUGCCAAACGGAUCGACAAAGAUCCAGGUGAGAUCAAGACCGUUGAUAUAAAGCAGGGCGUGCCCAAGGAUUUCAUGGGUCUGGACAUAGGCGAGAAAUCAAUGCAGCUAUUCGGCACUGCCAUUGUCCAGGCGAAGACCAUCGUAUGGAACGGUCCGCCGGGUGUUUUUGAGAAUGCCAAAUUCGCUGGUGGCACCAAAAACAUGUUGGAGGCAAUUAUUUGCGCCACCAAGAGUGGUGCCACCACAAUUGUCGGCGGUGGCGAUACAGCAACGGCUUGUAAGAAAUUUGGUGGCAGCGACAAGGUCUCACAUGUCUCCACGGGCGGCGGCGCUGCACUGGAGCUGCUCGAGGGCAAAAAACUGCCAGGAGUUGAUGCACUCUCAAAUGCCAAGUAAUUAAGUAAAUAGUUUAAAAAUGCGGGAACAGCAUAGGCUUUGCUGUAGGUCAAUCUGAUUUGCAGAUUAUUCAAAU